AUGAUAGAAGUUCUUUUCAGUGCCCGACCAAAACCUUACAACAACGUCCGAUUGCCGUCGUCUAGGAGAUUUGUAAACGGGACCAUGGACGACAAACUACAGAUUGACGACGACGAAUAUGUAAAGAAUAGUGCAAAAGCUGGCCGAAGAGCGCGACAUGCAGUUGAAUCGUCCGACCACACACGACAUGCGAAGUCAUCUUUUACUUCGACUGGGGACGGGAUUCCUCCGAAACCUCCAAGACGUCAAGGAGGGUGGGCAGAAGAAACCACCGGAUCAGGCUCAGCCAAAUCUGGAAGAAGACAAACUCUUGAUGAAGUUGAAGACCAUCGUUUGAGACCACAAAGCCCACAGAGAUCUGAUAGUGAUGGCGAUAUUCCCGUUAUUCCAGAUUUGGAUGAAGUACAAGAGGAAGAUCUCACCAUGCAGGUGGCUGCUCCACCGAGUAUCCAGGUGAACAGAGUGCUGACCUACAGGGAUCUCGACAACGACUUGAUGAAGUACUCAACCUUCCAGACACUGGACGGGGAAAUAGACUUGAAACUUCUCACAGAGGUCUUGGCCCCUGAGCAAGAGGUACACGAGGAUGAUGUUGGGUGGGACUGGGAUCAUCUGUUAACGGAGGUGUCCUCAGAGCUGCAGACAGAAUGGGACCAUGGGGAGAGACAGGACUUCAGCGCUUCUGUUUGUUGAACACAGAAUGGUUCUCCAUGAAUGAACUCCACUGACUGUACCAGCUGAGUUUACCAAUGACACGUAUCCUCAGUUGUAAAUUAUUUGUAAAUACUAUCUCCGUUUCGGAUGCUACAGACAACGGGACGCUUUUAGGCAUAAGCAAUAAAAAAAACUCUUACUUUUA